UUCGGCAGGAAAAGCGUCCCAGCGUAAUUGGGCUGGUGACCGCUCUCAGGUUUCUCUCUAGUAAUAGUAUUGAGAAUUGUCCCUCCGAAAUGAGAGAGAGAGAGAAACGUCCGAAGUGAAUUCCUUGGUUAAUCAGUGUCUUUCCUUAUUAUUUGAUGUUAUGUGCUAUUAUAAAUAAUACUGUUAAAUAUGUAUCCUAACCAUUUGAAUAAGACAAUUCCACCUCUAAUGAAAGGAGAAAAAGUAUUUUUAACUGAUAUUGAAUUAGAUGAGAUUGCUUUAUUUCUUGUUGGGAAUCACCAGCGCUUUAGAGAAAAUAUCAUAAUUCCUAGAACAAUAGGACCCGUGCAAAUAAAGACUAAUGAGGAGAAGAAAAUAGAAAGUAUAAUGGAAAGCUGUGCAUUUAAAAGCAUCAUGAGUUGCAUCCUUGGAUAUGGUUUGGGAGCAGCUAUUGGACUAUUCUCAUCUAGUGUAAAUCCUAAUGUAGCAAGUGUUGAGAAACAACAGAGUGCACGAGAAAUAUUAAGGGAAAUGAAAACAACGACACUUAGUUAUGCAAAAAAUUUUGCAGUUAUUGGAUGUAUAUUUUCCGCUAUUGAAUGUAGUAUAGAAUCGUAUAGGGGUAAAACAGAUUGGAAAAAUGGUACAUAUGCUGGUGGUUUAACAGGUGGAAUAAUUGGUUUAAGAGCUGGUAUAAAAGCAGGUCUGAUUGGUGCUGCAGGUUUUGCAACAUUCUCAACAGUUAUAGAUUAUUACAUGCAUAGAUCUUAAAUAUAGUUUAUAUAAAUUGUUACAAGAUAUAUUCACAUGUAUUAUAUACAUUCACCAUAUACGCAC